AUGAGGGAAGGGAGUCAGGAGAAUGUGACUCUCACUCAUGAGGAUUAUACGGUCGGAUGGGUGUGCGCCCUGCCCAAAGAGAUUGUAGCAGGGACAGCCAUGCUCGACCAAGUGCAUCCCACCCUUCUACAGCCUAGAAAUGAUUCGAACAAUUAUACGCUGGGUCGUAUCGGCACUCACAAUAUUGUUCUUACUUGUUUACCACUUGGGGAGACAGGAAAUAACUCUUCUGCAUCUGUGGCUACACAUUUAACAUCGACGUUCCCAAGUAUCAAGUUUGGGAUCAUGGUUGGUAUUGGAGGUGGUGUUCCUCCUUUCGUCAGACUGGGCGAUGUGGUUGUGAGCGCACCUGGCAACGGAUACGGCGGGGUGGUGCAGUGGGAUUUUGGCAAGACCGAGCAAGGAGAUGGGUUUAGACGAACGGGAGCAUUGAAUAGCCCACCGAUAUUUCUCAAGACUGCACUAUCAACCUUGAAAGCGAAACAUGAGAUGGAAGGUUCGGCAGUGCCAAAGUAUCUUGAAGAAAUGGAAGCAAAGUGGCCAAUGCUAGCACCGAAGUACACAAGACGAGAGAAACUGGAAGAUAUGCUCUUUGCAGCAGAUUACCGGCAUCCCGAAACAUCUGACGGGGCAAAAUCAAGCGGAACAGACGCAGACGAUGGACUGAGAAGCUGCGCAGGCUGUGAUCGCACCAAACUUCUGCAACGAAAGCAUCGUGAUAUGCGAGUUCAUUAUGGCCUCAUCGCGUCUGGCAAUCAGGUAGUGAAAGACGGUAUAUUUCGGGAUGAAAUCAACUCCAGGCUUGGGGGAAAUGUGCUGUGUUUCGAAAUGGAAGCUGCGGGCCUGAUGAACCAAUUUCCAUGCGUUGUGGUCAGAGGAAUUUGUGAUUACUCCGACUCACAUAAAAUAAAAAACUGGCAGGAAUAUGCUGCUGCGGCAGCCGCUGCAACAGCUAAAGAGAUACUUCUCAUGAUUCCUAAAAGGGAUAUAGUGUCGAUUUCUCCUAUGGCGAAAAUGAAACUACUAUCCGGUUUGAAGCGCGAACUUAUAUCGGAGACAACAGAUGCCGUGCGGGAUAUUGAGGACCGAGAUCUCUUGCAGAGGAUAUCAGAUCUCGAUGCGACAGUCGAUCAUGACAGAGCCCGUGCCAAACACGUACCAAAAACCGGCGAUUGGUUGCUACACCACGAAAUGUACAGGAAAUGGAUGGAUGGUGAUAGUCAAGUACUGUGGCUCCAUGGGAUUUCUGGAAGCGGCAAAACGAUAUUGACCUCAACUGUUAUUGAGAACCUGCAAAAAGCCUACGAUAACGACAAAGAAAACAAGAUUGCCUAUUUCUACUUCACUUUCACCGAUAGUCGCAAAAGUGCCCUUGAAGGAUGCAUGCGUAACAUAUUGCGGCAGUUAUCAGCGCCCAGUCCAUGUGAAGCUGUCAGAAAUCUCUACAAAUGGGAAUGCGGUGGACGCACUCAACAAGCCUUAGAAUCCGUUCUACGCGCCGUCCAAGAUGCUUUAGAGCCUCUAGGGCGAGUCUUUCUGAUUCUUGACGCCCUCGAUGAGUGUGAGGACAUCGCAGCUUUGUCCAGUGUCAUGACCUUCAUCAGAUCAAACACUCAGAUUAGCCUUUUUGUGACUAGCCACUUGACUCCGGAAACUCACCGUUUAACGUUGGAUGUUCAAGCGUCAAUUAUCGAAGUAGACGCUGCACAAGUGAGCCGGGAUAUCCAGGCCUUUGUCAAUCACAGACUUUUCUCCGGCGGGAAAUCGUCAAGGCGAUGGACGGACGAGGUUAUGAAUCAUAUUCAGGCAAAUUUCAUCUCUAGUUCGGCAGGAAUGUUUCGACUGGCUGAGUGUCAGUUGCGCGAGAUAGAUCGAUGCUAUAGCUGUCAUGAUCUCCAGAUAGCACUCAGCAGACUUCCCACGACACUUAGCAAGAUAUAUGAACAGAUGCUAGGUCGGAUCGAUCCGGCCAUGCGCCAGAACGCGCGGGUUCUGUUGACGUGGCUUACUUUUUCCUUUCGACCCCUACAGCUGCAAGAGGCCGCAGAAAUAUUUGCGCUGCCAAUUGAUGGUGGUAAAUCGUCAUCUCUGGACCCCCAGAGGCGAUUACUCGACCCCAAUGAUAUAAUAUCCAUUUGUCCUGGGAUAGUGACCGUCACAAUGAAGGACAGUAACAGCUUGCGUGAUUCGAAAGAGGAGCUUGUGGUUCAGCUGGCACACUCCUCGGUCAAAGACUUCCUUACUUCUGGAAACUUUUCACACGGAGCAAACAAGUGGCUCGGUAUAAAAAGGACACAGAGUCAUCAAGCCAUUGCAGAGACAUGUCUUCACUACCUGCUACAGCUUGAUCGCCGCGACUCAGUCACUCCGACAAUACGCAAGGACUUUCCUCUUGCUCAGUAUGCUGCUGAGUUUUGGCCAUCGCAUGCACGAUUGGCUAGUUUCUCUUCUGACUCCAAAUUGCAGCAAUUAAUGGAGAAUCUCUUCAUAUUUCGCACCAGCGCUUUUAUAAAUUGGAUCAGAAUCUAUGACCACGAUCAACCGUGGAGAACUCAUCUCAACUCUCUUCACAUCUCAGUGGCACAGGCUUCACCGUCUCCUCUCUAUUUUGCGUCUCUCACAGGUCUUCAUGCCGUGGUAUCUUGCAUCCUUGCCAAUGAACCCACCAUUUCGAAGUCAGAGGGACUAUAUGGUAACGCACUUCAUGCUGCCGUGAGUAGUGGUCACUGCAAGAUUGUUGAGCUACUGCUUCACCAUGGACUACGGGUUGAUACCCAAGGACCUUACGGCAGCGCCCUACACGCUGCGGCGUACGGGGGACAAGUAAAAAUAUGUCAGCUCCUUUUGGAUCACGGUGCGGAGCCCGACGCUCCAGGCGAGGAAUUCGGCAAUGCAUUGGAAGCAGCUAUCUAUGGUGGCCACGUAAAGGUCGUACAGCUACUACUAAACCGCGGUGCUGAAGUUACUGCCGCAGGAAAACUAUACGUCGAUAGCCUGCACGCGACCUGCAGCUUCGGAAAUGUGGAAAUCCUCCAGCUCCUGCUCAAGCAGCGAGAUAUCGACCCCCUAGGGAAAUCAUAUAACCGCGCUCUCCAAGUCGCAGUCGAUCGCGGCUGCACUCAAAUGCUAGCCCUUCUGAGGCAACAUGGACCCAGUCCCGCUUAUCGAAGUGCCGUAUAUGGCAGUGCACUCCACGCCGCUGCCGCAAACGCUUGCACACGAACAAUGGAGCUCCUCCUCGACCAGGAUAUAGACAUAGACGCCACAGAAGAAGAUCACGGAACGGCUCUCUGUAUCUCUGCGAGCAAGGGUGAUAUGGAUAGUGUGGAAUUGUUACUGCGUCGCAACGCAGACAUUACCCUUCAAGGCACAACGGGCACAGCCCUUUACAUUGCAUCCGGGUUAGGUCACUCCCCGAUUGUACGCUUGUUGCUUCAACAUGGGGCCAACUUCAAUUCUCAAGGUGGACACUUUGGCACACCCUUGCAGGCGGCGUGCUACAAAGGAAACAUCGAGAUUGUACGAAUGCUGUUGCUAUCAGGUGCUAAUGUGAAUGCGUCAGCUGGGGAGUAUGGAUCUGCUUUGCAUGCUACAGCAUGUGGUCUCUCGGCACAGGUCGAGAUUGUGCAGUUGCUUCUUCAGUACGGUGCCAACGUUCAAGCAUGGAAUGCCGACUAUGGGACUCCAUUAGAUGUAGCUUUGUUGCGCCAGAACAUGGAGGUUGCCAGACUAUUGCGUGGAUAUGGGGCGCGAUCUACUCGCUAG